AAUGAUUUCAACAACAGCUGGCGCUCUUUCACAAUUGAUUUUACUUCGUCUUCUGCUUGAGUCGAAUUUGUACAAAUUUGGGGUUUUAGAAUAAAGACCAGGAGUGUCGACCGUUGAAGUUGUUAUGGAUAUUCUGAAGCCACCAAUCAUCACUAUCGGAGGGCGGUGUUACCGACGGAAUCCCUCCCAAAUGACCAGUCCUCAUAUAUCCAGAAACAUCGGUGAAGAACAGGGUGGAUACACCGAAGGAGAUGAUGAAAUAUAUGAUGAAGAAAUGUAUGAUGCAGAGAUGACGGAUACGGUGUCAUGUGACCCUCUGGAGAUGGAGAAGACAAAAGACGGCUUCCGUUUGACGAUGGAUGUUCCUUCUAAGUUCUUUGGUUACAUCAUUGGGGUCAAAGGUGAAACAAAGAAGAGGAUAGAGCAGGAGACGAGGACUCAGAUACAUGUUCCGAGAGCAAGAGAUCAUAUUGAUGAAAUAACCAUCAGCGGUAAAUCUCGACAGGGUGUGUCCUCAGCCAAGACAAGAAUCGAUGUUCUUGUUGCCACGGCUCGUCAGAAGACUCCCUUUACUCACUUUGUAGCGAUUCCUCUAAACAGCCAAGAGAUCAUGGACAGGUUUAAUUUCUUCAGAGAGGAGGUCUUAAAGGAAUGUAAACAUUGCUCUGGUGUUGAUGAAAAGAUAUUCCAGAUCGCAUCCCGUCUUCAUCUCACAAUCGUUACUCUGGUUCUUAUGACAAAGCAAGAAGUGAAAGCAGCACAUGAGAUUCUGAAUGACUGUUUAGAAAAUAUUAUCAAUCCAUUGCUUGAAGGACGCCCUCUGUCGCUUGACAUGGUGGGACUGGAAUACAUGAACGAUGAUCCGGGGAAGGUCGAUGUACUCUAUGGGAAGGUUAGGAUGCAAGAUGGCACAGACAGAUUACAAGAGAUUGCCAACCGAAUCCAGGAUAGAUUUGUAUCCUCAGAACUCUGUCAAGACAGUCGCAGUGACCUUGGGGUCAAGCUUCAUGCAACCCUUAUGAACUCUAUCUUCAGAGCACCAGAUGUCAAAGAUCAAAGAUCAGAGGUCAGAGGUCGGGGUCAACAGCAGAGGAACAGAGAAGCUUUUGAUGCCAGUGAGAUUCUUGAGAUGUAUGGUGAUUUUUCAUUUGGAGAACUUCAUGUUGACUCUCUUCAUCUUGCGGAGAGGAGGCACUACGCAGAAGAUGGAUCCUACUGGGCUGCAGCUAAAGUGGCCCUGCCUUGAAAGAAUCUAUUUGUGAAACACAUUCGAAAUAGGACCAAGAACUAAACAGAAAUAUUGCUUAUAUGGAGCAGACGAAAUAGUGAAGAUUAAGAAGAUGUAUGUGUAAUGGAAGUGGCAAUAGAAUGGAAGAGAAAAAUGGUGCCUUAAUCCUUCAGUGGAACCUGACUUAGCGAUCACUCGGAUUUAAGGACAAAUUUAGAUUUCCUUGAUGAGUACUCCUCCAUUGAACCAUGUUAUGAAAGGAACCUGCCCAUAAUAAUGAUAAUAGUUUAGGGUACUCGUAAAGCGCACAUAUUGACCUCGCUCAAGGUGCUCCUAUGUAACCCUGGCUGAGACAGUCCACAGAUUCCCUUGCUUACAGCUUUUUGAGGCAGUAUUGCCUGCUGGUAUUUUUUACCUUACCUUGGGGGCCGUUUCAUAAAGCUGUUGGUAAGUUAAGAGUGACUUUAAGAACGACUGGUGAACCUUUCUUACGAGCUAAACCAUCGCCAAUGAAUAUGCCAUUUACCACAAGAAAGGAUCACCAGUCGUUCUUAAAGUGUCUCUUAACUUACGAUCAGCUUUAUGAAACACCUACCUUGGUUGAGUGCAGCACAAGGAAUAUCUUCUUAUAAAGACCAUUCUUUCCUGUCCCCCUUUGGGUGGUUGUUAUAGACCUGUUUCUCUUUACUGGCAAUGGAGGAUUUCUUAUUGAAUCAUAAUGCUUGAAGAAUCUUUCAGAGGAACACAGAUAUCAAAUGUACUGACUAAAGGCCAAUGGGCCCUGUUUUACAAAAUUUAUGAUUGAUCCAUUCAAACUAGAUGGAGUGUUAUGAUAGAUCCAUCAAUUUCAAUUAUGGCAUUUCUGUGAUGUUAUUCCCUCAAGCGUGUAUGUCAUUUCAACUUAAUUUCUUCAUAAUGACUUUUAUGCUGGACGGUGUGUCAGGCAGUAUCGAAGGUUCUUGACCUACAUUGAAUCCAUCCUGUGGCCAGUAACACAAAGCUUAACGAUUGAUCACAUUGAUGGUUUGUGAACUUGAUUGCACAGUAUGAUCAAGACAAAGAAUUACAAUAUUCAUUGCUUUCCAUAAUUUGAGAGUGAUUGGAUCAGUCACAACUCUUUGUGAGAAAGGGUCCUUAGGCCCGUAUUCUGAAGUCAGGUUUAACUUAGAUCAUGGUCUAUCUCUGUGCUAAAAUUAUGGGAAGCCAAAAGUGUCAAAAUUUUUAUUAAGUUGUAUGUUUCUUAUGUUUACUUUGCUCUUUCCUGAUUCAUCGAUGGUGAAGACGAUCUGUUUAAACUUCUUAGACAAUUAUGAAUGAUUUGAGAGCCAAAUGAGCUGUAAUAUGAUAUCUCUACUGUUAGUGAUUUAUGUAACAAUUGGUUAUCCAUACUUAAACCACAACUUUAAACCCGAGUUUAAGUUAAACCAGACUUCAGAAUACGGGUCUUAGAGUCAUAGUCAUACUCUAUUUUUUAUUAUCAUUAUAAUCCUCAGUUAACUACAUACAUAUAUUAUUAUAAUCCUCAGUUCAUUACAUACAUUGUGCUUCUAUUGAAGCCCUUCCAGAAAUAUGCUAGGAGCUAGAGCAUUUCACGAGGGAAGUUAUCACUUAUUUCUGCUGACAAACCAGCUCCCAGCCAAUCAAAUGCAAGGAUGUCAGUGGCUUGUAUGAAAUGUUAUAGAAAAUCAUGCUUUGUGAAAUGCACCCCAGGAAAACGUGUUGAUCAGGUCAUAGGUAUUUUUCGCAUUUUCUACGAGGAAACUUUCUACAACGCAUCGAUUCCUUUGAAAAUGCAAUCAAAAUCGCAAUGGAGAGCUGAGAGGUUUUUGUCGACAGUUGGUGGACUGGGACAGCAGAUCAUCCAAAGAUUUGCACCGGACGAACAAUUGCAAAUAUGUCAUUGUCCAGAGUCAAGAGAUUCUGAUGCUGUCCCGGUCCAACAACUUUCGACAAAAGCCUCUCAGCUCUACAUUGUGAUUGACUUGCAUUUUCAAAGGAAUUGAUGCGUUGUAGAGAGUUUCCCUGUAGAAAAUGCAAGAAGUCCAGAAUAAUGAUGAUAGAACACAACAUUUGCAAGUACAAUCGUUUCAAGUGAAUAUUUUUCUGUCUUUGAAUUGAUGACCAGUUUUAAGAAAGGAUGAACCAUACAUCUACUGCUGAAAUACUCUAUAUGUUUAAAGAAUAUUAUUAAGUAAUAAAAGACAAACAAUGUAAUAUUUUAUUGGUCUGGAAAAUACAUUAAGUUUUAUACUACUGCCCUGCAUUGACAGUAGUGCGUCAUAACCUGGGCCUAUCUCAAUCUUUAUUAUGUCUUUGUAUUGACUUUGUAAAUUUCUUUCUUUAUUGUGACUUCAAUAAAGUAUAUAUCAAAUUCAAA